AUGUCUGCAUCUUCAGAAUUUCAUCUGCAGCUGCUUGCAACUGCCGUAGCAGCUACGCUUUUGGGUGCCUUGCCUCCACUUCGAUCGUACCAACUCUAUAAAGAAAAGGCGUUUGAUUCUAUGAGUGUCAGUGAAAAACGUAUAACUGCAAUGAUUUUUAUUGCCAUUACAUUAUUGCAUAUUGGAGAAGCGUUCAAAGGGGUAGCAUUUUCCAUGCUUUUCUACAGCCAAAGUAACUUUUUGGGUAUCAUUACAUUUGCACUGAUUGCGAAUUGUUCUACACUUAUUACUGAAGUGGGCAGAAUUUUGAUUAUUCAUGCCAUCAUCUCUCGUGCGGCCGAGUUUUUAAUGAGGCCAAUAGAUACUCCAGCAACUCGUACUCGUAGUGUCAUCUGGCUUCGAAUAGUUGGAGGAAUACGUAUUGCUAUCCCAAUCUUAGUUGCUAUUGGUGGAAUCACUCCAUCGCUUUUUGGAUCGUUUGCAGCUAUCAUGCUUGCUACUGAUGCCAUCAUUUGCACAAUCAUUUCUGUUGCAAUUGCACUUCGAAUCAAUGAACGUCGUCGCAAGGAACUACUGCCGGCUAUUUCCAAUUACGUGUUGUAUUCCAACGCAAUCGUGACUUUUACUAUUGCAUUUUCUGCAAUGAUUACUAUGGCUAUUAUUGGAGCUGCAAACAAUGGUCAAUUUGGUGGAAAGGAUCAAUCGGACGCUUUUGUCCAAUGUUUACCAUCGGUACAUGCCUCCAUUGUCGGAAUAUUGAUGUGCUAUGCGUUUUGGAAUGUAAAAGAGAUUCUAGCUACAAACUCUCCAACUGGGACAUCUCCUCGUAGGGCCAAUGCCACAGGUCUGGGUCGAAAUGUCUUUACUUUUUAA